CAAUCAUGGAGAGCCACGUAGGUGGGAAAUUGCAAUAAAAGUAUGGUACACAGCAGGCUUUCCCAUGGCUGACCAGAGGAGGACAGCUCUGUGUUUGUACCCCCAGCUGCAUGGAGAAUCUGCACGCUGCUGAAUGACCUGCAUGCCUCAACUUAUGGAAAAGAUGGUGGGCUCUUAUGUCUUGUGGCUGGCCUUGGCUUCCUGCAUUCUGACCCUGGCAUCUCCAGAACAGCAAGGUAACAGAAACCUCAUCAACACUCGUUCCUAUGACCCCUGCCAGAAUUACACCCUCCUGGAUGAACCCUCACGAAGCACAGAGAACACAGAAGGGAGCCAAGUGUGUGACAAGGACAAGCAUGGCUGGUACCGCUUUGUGGGAGAUGGAGGAGUGAGGAUGCCCGAGACCUGCGUCCCAAUGUACCGAUGCCAGACAGAUGCUCCCCUGUGGCUGAACGGGACCCACCCCACCCUUGCGGAGGGCAUUGUUAACCGUACUGCUUGUGCCCACUGGAGCGGCAACUGCUGUCUCUGGAAGACUGUGGUGCAGGUGAAGGCCUGCCCGGGCGAGUUCCACGUGUACCGGCUGGAGGGCACCCCCAAGUGUAGUCUGAGGUACUGCACAGACGCCUCCACUGCUACAGACAAGUGUAAGAACCUCUGCCGCCCGGAAGAGGCCUGUAGCUUUCUCAAUGGCACCUGGGACUGUUUCUGCAGAUCGGACCUCAACAGCUCUGAUGUCCACAGUUUGCAGCCUCGGCUGAACUGCGGGGCCAAGGAGAUCCAGGUGUCACUGGACAAGUGUCAGCUGGGAGGCCUGGGUUUUGGGGACGAGGUCAUCGCCUACCUGCGAGACUGGAACUGCAGCAAUAUGAUGCAAAGAGAGGAGAGAAACUGGAUAUCUGUGACCAGCCCUACCCAGGCGAGGGCCUGUGGAAACAUUCUGGAGAGAAAUGGAACCCAUGCCAUCUACAAAAACACCCUCUCCUUGGCCAAUGAAUUCAUCAUCAGAGACACCAUCCUCAACAUCAAUUUCCAGUGUGCCUACCCACUGGACAUGAAAGUCAGCCUCCAAACUGCCCUGCAUCCCAUUGUAAGUUCUCUGAACAUCAGUGUGGAUGGGGAAGGAGAGUUCACUGUCAGGAUGGCCUUGUUCCAAGACCAGAGCUACAUAUCUCCUUAUGAAGGGGCUGCAGCUGUGCUGGCUGUCGAAUCCAUGCUCUAUGUGGGUGCCAUCUUGGAGAAAGGGGACACCUCCCGGUUUAACCUAUUGUUGAGGAACUGCUAUGCCACACCUACUAAAGACAAGACUGACCCUGUGAAAUAUUUCAUCAUCAGAAACAGCUGCCCAAAUCAAUAUGAUUCCACCAUCCAUGUGGAGGAGAAUGGGGUGUCCUCAGAAAGCCGGUUCUCAGUUCAGAUGUUCAUGUUUGCUGGAAAUUAUGACCUAGUGUUCCUGCAUUGUGAGAUUCAUCUCUGCGAUUCCCUUAAUGAACAGUGCCAGCCGUCUUGCUCGAGAAGUCAACAGCGUAGUGAAAUAGUGGCUAUCAACCCAGCUCGGGUUCUAGAUUUGGGACCCAUCACUCGGAGAAGUUCUGCAUCUGUUGACAUCACAGAUGGAACCCCCAGCACUGCAGGGUUCCUGGUGGCCUGGCCCAUGCUUCUCCUGCCUAUCCUCCUGGCUGAGCUGUUUUGAGACCUCAGCUGGGCAUCUGGCCUUGAAGCUUGCAUUCUUCCCUUUGGUGAUGGCUUCCAGUCACCCAUCGGCAAUGCCAGUUCUCUCUCCAAAUCAUGGAAACCAUCUUGGUGUUCAUAGACUCCGGGCCAGGCUAGGUUUGGGGAAAGGGAAGAGCUUUGCCUUGUUCAACACACUCUGUGCUUUUAUAUUCCUCUUUCUUUCAUGGUGGGGGGCCCUGUUGGCCUGUCUUGGCCUGACUUCUUCAUUUAUUACCAGGAUCCUGGGGUCAGACUUGUUCCGUGCCUCUGUAGCUCCAGCCUUUACCAGAAAUGUAGCAUGUGUUAUGUCUGUAAUUCCAGGGAAGAGCGGCUGUGUCACUGGGUGGGGGAGGAGAAGGGGGAUGAGCUUGUAAAAAAGGCACCUCCCAUGCUUCCUUCCCAGGUACCCCUUGCUCUUACUCCUGAUGAAUUGAACAGACUGAUCCUUGCUUUUACUUGUGUCCUCUGAUGUAUUUCCAUCAUGGUCUCAAUAGUCACCAUGGGAAUAAGUUGUAAAGGGUCCACUUUUGGAAACUCUACUCCAGGGAAGACCGGUUCCCACUGUUCCCCUGUCCCCCUCCAUACCAUAGACAUGCUUUGAUAUGCCUAGGACUAGGCCAAAACCUGCUGGAGGAACUGCUUGAUUUGGAUGCAGAGACACUGUCACUCUGGAGCACACCUCUAGCCAUGAAUAGAGUGGUGUGCUUGCUUGGAGUAAGCAAAAAGUCCCAGCAAAAAAUGCUGUGUUGAUCCUGCCAUGGGGAUCUAACAGCAGCACCUGGGGGAUAAGUGAAGUCUCUUUCUGGAAACCCCUGAUGGGCCCUCACAAAAAAACUCCACAAACAUGCCAUAAAGAGAGAAUGCUUCUCCUUCCCAUAGCUAUACAC